AGGCCAGGUUAGGGCGGGAGUAUGGUAGAGAUGCUGCCAACUGUCGUUGCGCUGGUCCUGGCAGUGUCCGUGGUUGCCAAGGAUAACACCACGUGUGAAGGCCCCUGUGGGUUACGAUUCAGGCAGAACCCACAAGCAGGUAUCCGGAUUGUCGGAGGGCAGACUUCGUCGCCUGGGGCCUGGCCCUGGAUGGUCAGUUUACAGAUCUUCACGUCCCAUAACAGCCGUAGGUAUCAUGCCUGUGGAGGCAGCCUACUGAACUCCCACUGGGUGCUCACAGCUGCUCACUGCUUCGAUAACAAAAAAAAAGUCUAUGACUGGAGACUGGUUUUUGGAGCCCAUGAAAUUGAAUACGGAAGAAACAAGCCAGUGAAAGAGCCUCAGCAGGAAAGAUACGUGCAGAAAAUUGUCAUCCAUGAGAAAUACAACGCUGUGACCGAGGGGAACGACAUUGCUCUCUUGAAAGUCACUCCUCCUGUUACAUGUGGGGACUUCAUUGGGCCUGGCUGCCUACCUCAUUUUAAGUCUGGUCCUCCCAGAAUCCCCCACACCUGCUACGUGACUGGGUGGGGAUACAUAAAAGAUGACGCCCCCAGACCAUCACCUGUCCUGAUGGAGGCCCGCGUGGAUCUCAUUGACCUCGACCUGUGUAACUCCACCCAGUGGUACAAUGGGCGUGUCACAUCAACUAAUGUGUGCGCAGGGUAUCCUGAAGGCAAGAUUGACACCUGCCAGGGGGACAGUGGUGGGCCUCUCAUGUGCAGAGACAGCGUCGACAGCCCCUUUGUGAUCGUGGGGAUCACAAGCUGGGGGGUAGGCUGUGCCCGUGCUAAGCGUCCUGGAGUCUACACAGCCACCUGGGACUACCUGGACUGGAUUGCUUCCAAGAUUGGCCCUACUGCCUUGCACUUGAUUCAGCCGGCCACCCCUCACCCACCUACAACCCAGCAACCGCUCAUCUCUUUCCACCCUCCUUCGAUCCACCCUCCUUGGUACUUCCAACACCUGUCUCCUCGGCCGCCUCACCUACGACCGCCUCGGCCUCUGCUCCAUCAGCCGUCUUCAGUCCAUACCUCCGCAGCUCCAGUCAUACCUCUACUGUCCCUGCUCACCCCAGUCCACCCUGUGUCCUUUACUCUUGCUGCAUACCACACGAGGCACCACACAACGCUGUCUUUUGCUCGGCGUCUACAGCAUCUCAUAGAGGCCCUGAAGAUGAGAACUUACCUAUAAAAUAUCCCACCGGUACAGUGGACGGUGAACUACCACCACCGCUUCUCCGUUGAGCCCUUUCCAACAAACCCAGCGAGCCCCCCCCCCACACCUCAGAAAAGAGAAAAGAGUGAAAUAAAUACACACACACACACACACACACACACACACACACACACACACACACACACACACACACGAGGACAUGCUUUCUGGACUUCUGUUUUCUCCAACUCAACCCAAAUCUUCCUCCAUCAAAUCUACGUCCUCCCUCCUCAGCUCCAAUAAAAUGGAAUUUCUCAUACA